UUCUCCCCCCGUCCAUCGCAAACAAGAAGAAUAACCUAGAGCUCUCUCUCUCUCUCUCUCUCUCUCUCUCGCUCGCUCUGCGGCCAUGUCUGCCGUUGUCUUGAGAUCGCAGGAUUGCCUGGCGGAUAGAUUCGGGAAGUUGUCGAUGGGCUGCCUUUCUCGGACGCCCAAGACCGGGCGGAAUCGCCCUAGAUCAGGCCGGAGAAAACGCAGCCCGGCGAAGUCGGAUGGGAAGGACUCCUUGACGGUGAAAUUUCCGGCCGCUAACCUGGUUAUGGAGAGAGUUCACAUCUUGAAACGGGGCGAGGCGUUGAGAUACGAAGGUUCCAAGGCGGAGGAGAAGCGGCGGGCGGACGGCGAUUUCCUUGUCUGCUCGACGGAGAGGAUCGGGCCGGAACCCGAGUUGGUUCCCAGGAAGAUCCGGCUGCCGGAUAUCAAGACGGGACGCCUUUCUGUGGACAGUUCGGGCCCUUACGCAGGGACUGCGUUCGAGUCGUCCCCCUCGCCGAGCUCCCUGCCUCUCCCGGCGUUUUGCAGGAAGACGAAGUCCAGAUCCGAAGAAAUGGCGACUAAGGAUAUUCGCCGGAUGUUGCAGCUCGAUUUCUAGAAGGGGAUCGUUGGUGUUGGUGGUCAAUUGGGUGGCCAAUCGUUGAUGUUCGGGGACAAUUGGGUGGCCAAUCAUUGAUGUUCGGAGACAAUUGGGUAGCCAAUCGUCGAUGUUCGUGGACGAUUGUGGUUCCUACUUUCUUUUGACAACGUUCUCUCGGAACGUUCUCGGUUACGAGUUUCUCCUUUAUCUUUUCAACAGGAAGACUCGGAAUGGGAUGCAGGAGGGAGUGUGGCUGAAGAAAACUAAUUGUCCUCUUACUUAGAGGUUCGAUGGUUCUAAUCUAGGUUUUUAGGAUCUCUCUCUCUCUCUCUUUCUUUCUCUCUUCUUCGUAGUCGGUGUUGCUGUGAAUAUAUGUUCCACGGAAGCUAUGUCUGAGUCGGUGUUGCUAGGCGUGGGGACAAGAUUAUGUUAGCGUUUACAGGUCUGAUCAGUUUGCUUUAGGGUUCAAUAUGUUAGGUUGCUAGGGCAAUGGUCUCAGUAGUUAUAUGUCUGAAUCAGUAGGGUGUACGUACCAAUAGUUAUAUGAUCUGAAUCAGUGGGAUGUAAGGAUCAAUACUGUGGUAUAAAUAGAUGAAUUUGUUGAUUACUGCUA